GACACACCACACGUAGUUGCAGAUUACUUGCCCAUUAGGCGCUGUGAUAAGUCUGGCCACACCUUGGUACGCAGGCAGACCUGGGCAGACUACGCAACUUGCGGCUAAGCCCACACACGCGACAGCUAGUUCAGACAGUAUGAGGCGCGAGCUAGUUUGCGCCCUUUUUGUGGCUAUUAUACUGGGGCUGUACCAAGAGGCGGAGGCCCGGCCUCGCUCGACACUGCUACCUCCUGGAAAGCGCACGUCCUCGCGCAAGUCGCCGCCGCCCCGCCGCGCACCUCCCCCGCAAGUCGCCGCCGUCCCGGAAUCACCUUCGCCGCCCGCACCCAAGCCCUCGCCUCGCAGCCAAGCUCAGCCGAAGCAGAACCCUCCUCCUGUCGUCCUUCCUCGCGAGGGCAACGGAAUCCGCCUGGUGGGCGGCGGCGGCAGUGGGCCCCGCGGCCGCCUGGAGGUGUCCUCCAAGGACGGCUGGCUGAACGAGUAUGAGGAGGGCGCCGUGGCAUGGCGGCCCGUGUGCAACAUGUUCGGGAUCGACGAUAGUGACGCACAGGUCAUGUGUGAGCUGCUGGGCUACACGUACGGCCGGCUGUACUACGACGACGAGGUGAACCGCCGCCCGCCCAACGACACCGCCACUGAGUAUGACCUGCCCAUCGAGAACCUGGACUGCUCGCCGAACCAUGCGCCGCCCACUUCCGAGAUCGACGCCACUUCCGGCGCCCGCCGCCUGCUGUCCCGCCGCGCCCUGCGCAGCGGUGCCAUCUAUACCGGCAAGGUUGACAUCCCGGCUGAGGCCUCUUGGCGCUGCACCUUCGCUCUGCGCACCGAAAAGUCUUGCGACUACACCGGCCCCUUGGUUGGCGUGGAAUGCUCAUUUCAGGAGUUUCCCCCCGCGCCCCCGCCCCCGCCGUCUCCGCCCAGCCCUCCCGACGCUCCUCCCAGCCGCCGGGCCCUGCUCCGCACGUACGGUUCGGGCCCGAACACCUACGAACCCCUGGAGUCCAACCUGUGCGCCCCCCCUGCCGAGGAUGCCGAGGACCCCGAGGCUGCUGCACUGGAGUACGAAAUAUGCACCGGCUCCACGCGUGCCGACCUGAUGCUUGCCGAAUCCUCCGGGAGCGAGGUGAUGGCGGCCCUGUGCGCUAUUGAUGAGGACGAGGAGCUCGCAAUUCUGGUUGCUGACACCGUGUGCAAGCAGAUGGCCGAUUAUUCCGGCGAGAAAGGAUCCUCUGGCUACCUCAGUACCGUGCUGCCGUCGCUGCAGAUUCCCGAGGCUGACCCUUCGACCGACGCCCUCCCGCCUGUAUUCCAGGCCAGCACUUACGCCAACAAGUGGGUGACAAUCACAGGCGGCCAGCCCGAUGCCACGUACCCCGCGCUUCAGCAGAUGGAUUACACGGUGGGCGACUCCUGUGCUAGCGGCCGGCUGUUCGCCUUCCGCUGCACCUACAGGAGCACCUAAGGAUAGCGCAGCUUAUUUCUCGUGUACGGACCCUAAGAACCUAUCUAUUUAUGAUGUGGCAAACCGGCAUUGAGCGCCGCUCUGCUGAAUUAGCCUGCAGCAGGUACUGUAUCAACCUUCUGGGCUGUCAGCAAGACGGUUGCUAGCUGUAAUACGUGCUGUUUUCACGGAUGCGUGGCCACUCCAAAGUCCAAACAUGCACGGCUCCUUGCCUCUACCUCGAUUACUGGGUGGUGCACUGCAACGUCGGCAAGUGUAAUUGAUACGCAUGGCUGCGUGAGAUGCAUGCGUGGCGCGCAUGCCUGGUUGGAGGGCAGGCAGGGCAUCGGCUGUAAGUCUGGAUAGAU